AUGACAGAACGUCCUUGUGCUGAAAACUUUGGUGGAAACGCGACGACAGAUUUCUUGAACGGAGCAGGACCGGCGCUCAUGUCUUCUGCGACCAUUGAGCCCGUUCCAGUGCCCGUCGCCUCGAUUGAGGCAGCUGUACAUAUAGGAACCAAAGAGUUCAUCAAGGGAUUCGUUGCAGGACAAAUAACACUUGGGGUGUUGAUAUUCUUUCUUGUGAAAGUAUUCUUCUUCAGAAGCGGUGAGGAGACACGAAUAGAUCUGGCCAAAAAGAGGAACAGCCGGAAACUAUUUGAGCCAAAGCUGCGAAACCCCCUAUCCCCGCAUGCAACCGAAUCGCAGAUACUGACCAAAACACAAUAUGACAUACAUACCCAUCCAGUUGAAACGUGCGAUUGGCUCAAUGUUCUCCUCGCUCAAGCGAUAACAAAAUAUCGAAACGACAGUGGGUUCAACAACCGAAUCAUUCAUCUUCUUGAUGAGGUCUUGAACGGACAUACGAAACCUGGCUUCCUGGGACCUAUCCAUAUCACAGAUUUUUCUCUCGGCGAAGAGUUCCCCAUCAUUCAAAAAGUCCGUACAUGCUUCAGCGAACAGACUGCCAACCUACGAACAGAAAUUCAGUUCGAGUUUGAUGACCAGAUAACGUUGGGAGUCGAAACCCAAGUGUUGGUAAACUGGCCAAAGCCUUGCAUUGCAGCCUUACCAGUCGCACUGACACUAUCAGUAGUAAAAUUUUCGGGGACAGUCGCGGUGGAGUUUGUUACCCAUCCUGAUACACCAGAAACUUACAUCUCAAUAUCUAUAUUGGACGACUUUUCAUUGGAGUUUGAAGUGCGAUCACUUCUGGGGCAUCGUACGAAAGUCAAGGAUCUACCCAAGUUAGCAUCCCUGAUUACUUCCAAACUACGGUCCGUAUUCAUAGAAGAGAUAGUAUGGCCCAGUUUCAAGCGUUGCAAUGUGCCAAUGCUAUGGGGUGAUGCACGGGAAGAAGCGGUGCGGGAAGAAUUGGAGGACUUGGUAGAGGAAAUCAAGCAUGCAUAACACUAAUAUAAACUCGUUACUUUAUCACCGA